UGUGCACCUGCGGACACAAUCAUAGCGCAAUCACAUAUUGCAGCUUUUUAUUGCCCCAGCAGGACGCACAAGCGGAUACCUGGAUGCCAUGGAUGCAGAGGAGAAAUCCCCCGCCGACAGCGGAGUGCAGCUCCUGGACAUCGGCUCCAACUCGCCCCCUCCCGAGCCCAAAAGUACGGAGGACACCGGCCACCUGGAGAAGCCGCCGUUUUCAUACGUGGCUCUCAUCGCCAUGGCCAUCAAGGAGAGCGCCGUCAAGAGACAAACCCUGAGCGGAAUAUACGACUACAUCAUCUCCAAGUUCCCCUACUAUGAGAAGAACAAAAAAGGCUGGCAGAACAGUAUUAGACACAAUCUGUCACUCAAUGAGUGUUUCGUAAAGGUGCCCCGGGAGAGCGGAGGGGACAGGAAGGGCAACUUUUGGAUGCUGGACCCGGCUUUUGAGGACAUGUUUGAGAAGGGGAACUACCGGCGGCGGAGGAGGGUGAGGAGACCCUACAGACCGGCGAGCGUGCCUUACCUGACCGGGAACCCCGUGGAGUAUCCCGAUCCGCUCUACCUGCAGCCCUAUGUGAGCCCGUGGGGUCUGUGCCAGCCCAGCUCGUCCCAAACGACCGGAUACCCAGCGCCGCAGGUCAUCACCGGACACACCCGCAGCGUGUCCCCCAGCGGCCCGGUGAGCUCGUACUGCCCGUCCCCACACUUCCACCACCCGGCAUACGGCGCUUACCACCGCCACCCGCCCGUGCUGGUCCCCCACAACGGGUGUCCCUACGGCGGAGUGACCCAGCCGAUGAGCCCCGACGGAGGCACCGCUUCCGUGGGGUGUAGCUACCAGCAGUUCACCUCCUAUGCAAGGCAGGCGGAGGCGCCGCUGGGUCAUUCAUACGACCUGUAGGGUUUAGAGUUAGCCUAUUCUUGAUGGCCAGUAGGCUACACAAAACAAAGUUAAUCACUAAACCAUUUCAGUUCGUUUGUCGGGUUGUUUGGUAGUUUGAUGAGUUGGAGUGUAAAUAUCUUCGUUGUUAAUUAGGCUAACUGUUAAAUAACCUGUUGGUUUUUAUUCUCAUUGCAUUUAGCUGUAGAAAUGGCACGGUGUGAACUGCAGGGAUACAUCUGAUGAACUCUGAGGUUUAUCUUUUUUGCAACAAAAUAAACUUGUUUUAUACUUUGUGUUUUUUAUAAUUUUGUUUUUUACAAUUUUAUGAUUUCUAUUAUUUUUGAAAUAUCUUUGUUAUUUAUUUCUUGUGUUUGGUUUCAUCCCAUUCCCCGCGCUGCUAUGCAACAGUUGGUGACACUGAAGCACUGAUGAGUUUUCUUAUUCGAUUGUGAAUGUUUACUUGAUGUAAAAUACGUCAUGUUUGUUCAAAUAAAAUGUUAUUUUUGCAUCAAA